AGAAAAGAGCGUAUAAAGAAGGCUUUGACAUGAAUUGGACUAAUACGAUUCGCGCACCGACGAAAUAAGAGCCGGAAUCAUGAGGAAAUAUCAGAUUUACGUGAUUUGUUUUGUUGUUUUGGCUUUUGCCGCUGCCACAGCUACAAGAGUUUGCAGCAACAGAAAUAUCUUGUGCUCUGUGGUUAGAUCAACUAGUUGUUCAAAGAAAAUCGUUUCCAGUCAUUGCCCAAGGCUUUGCAACACAUGUGGAGCAAAAUGUCGAAACAUAAAGGCGUCAAUGCGCGUUGAUUGUGGCUACCAUGGAAUUAGUCCGUUGGAUUGCUUGAGAAGGGGAUGUUGUUAUGGCGAAUUAAAGGUGGCUGGCCCGUGGUGUUAUCAUCGAAAAGCAAACUGUCCCAUGAUUGAAGCAAACAAACGUGAAGAUUGUGGUUACCCUGGGAUAAGCAAAUCAGUUUGCGUCAAAAAAGGAUGCUGUUACAACGCGAUCAAGGAAAAGGGACCGUGGUGUUAUUACAGGCAAGAAAAAUGCCGAAAAAUAGGAGCAACAAGACGUCAUGAUUGUGGUUAUCCAGGCAUAACGAAGCGGGCAUGCGAGAAGAAAGGCUGUUGUUAUAGUGAAUUGCUAAACCAAAGUGGACCGUGGUGCUACCACCGCCUAGAAAAAUGUCUGCGCAAAGCAACAGAACGUGACGACUGCGGCUAUCCUGGUAUAACAGAAUUCGAAUGCAUGAAAAGAGGUUGCUGCUAUAAUUCAUUGCCCGGUCGUGGGCCAUGGUGUUAUUACCGAUGAGAUACGAGGACCUUCGGAAGAUUAUAUGCGAACUUUAGUGUACUCAUUGUUGUAAAAAUAUGUUGUCAAAUAAAUACCUAUAUAUGAACUUUUCCUUCCCAAUAAGAUCCAGUAGGAGAUGAAUGA